AAGGGGGAGGUUGUGUCGAAUUAGUGCCAGUUUCUAUUUAAUACUACAAAAAAUUAGUGGAAAAUAACGAGUGCGUCGCGAGGGUUGCGCGGCUGCUAAAUCAAAAAGAUAUCCCACAGCGAAAACGCACGGCAUUCAAUAAUAAAUUAAUUUCUAUUCCUACUGCUCGUGUCGGCUGUGAAUUGUGAAAAGGAAAUUUUGCGAGCGCCGCGCGCAGUGUAUUAUUUUCUGUAUACAACAACACACAGCUGACUGUGCCAACAACUAAGAAGACUCAACAACAAAAGAGAGCGAAUUGUAGCUUAGAAAAGAAGCUCAAGAAAUAACUGUGGCUGGUGGGAAGGAAACAAGCUUAGACCAGCAAUAAACACAGAGACUAAGCAUACAAUACACACACACACAUGCGCACACACACACACACGUAGUUAAGACCGAACAGUAACAAAACAGAGAGAGAGAGAGAGAAGCAAAGACCAACUAAAGAGCGCAAUUAAUAUUAACACAGCAGCAGGCAAGCUGAGAGCGCUGAGCGCCAACAAUAAUUACUUGUGUGUGUGUAUUCAAAGAUCGCGCCGCUCUCCUUCUUCCAACUUACUCUCUCUAUACGCAUUGAGUGCCGUGCGUCCAGCAAUAUAAAGAAUAUAUUAAAGAGAGCGCUCGCUUAUACAAAGAGCAGCUGAAACAACAGAAAAGAGUUUAUAAACUCGCUUUGCGCACACACACAGACUUACUCUCAGGAUAUGUACGGCAACAAUAACCCGGGUAGUAACAAUAAUAACGGUGGUUAUCCCCCAUACGGCUACACCAAGUCGAGACAAUCAAAUCUCUUUCCACAGCCAGCGUGCCACAACAGCAACCUCAAGCGAUCUCAAUGCAGCGUAACCGAGAGACACAAACUAUUAUAGGAUAUAGUUAUGUUUAUAAUGAUGAGAUACCUCAUGUAAAUACUUUAUAUAUGUAUAAAAGCUAGCUUUAAAUUUGUUUUAAAUCAAACAACUUGCGUUGAGAGAGAGAGAACUCUAUGAGAGACUGCAACAAAAUGUUCCUUAAACAAAGACGCCGUCAACGCCUCGGUGGACGUGUGAUUGGCAUGUCUAGUUCACUGCCAUCUGGAAUGUCACGUUAUGCGUUCUCACCACAGGACACAGAAUUUACAUUUCCAAGUUCCUCGUCCCGUCGCGGCUACAAUGAGUUUCCAGGCGCCAACGGCGGCAGCGCCAAUUCAUUGGGCGGCAACAUCUGCAAUAUGCCACCCAUGGGCAGCAACAAUUCGUUCAACAAUCUGUGCGGCCUCUCUAUGGGCAGCGGCGGCAGCGAUGAUCAAAUGAUGAUGAUGAAUGAUCCACGCAAUAGCAAUAGUAAUACUAAUCUAAUAGUUAACUAUUUGCCGCAAGAUAUGACAGAUCGUGAGCUGUAUGCGCUGUUCCGAGCGAUUGGACCCAUCAACACGUGCAGAAUCAUGAGAGACUAUAAGACUGGCUACAGUUUUGGCUAUGCUUUCGUGGACUUUACAUCGGAAAUGGAUUCGCAGCGCGCCAUCAAAGUGCUGAAUGGCAUCACAGUGCGUAACAAGCGGCUUAAGGUUUCGUAUGCGCGUCCUGGCGGUGAAUCGAUCAAGGAUACCAAUUUGUAUGUCACCAAUCUGCCGCGCACCAUUACCGAUGAUCAGUUGGAGACAAUCUUUUGCAAAUACGGCUCCAUAGUGCAGAAGAAUAUUUUGCGCGACAAGCUGACGGGUCGACCACGUGGCGUUGCAUUUGUGCGCUAUAAUAAACGCGAGGAGGCACAGGAAGCGAUCUCGGCGCUAAACAAUGUCAUACCCGAGGGCGGAUCACAGCCAUUGUCGGUGCGCUUGGCUGAGGAGCAUGGCAAGGCAAAGGCGGCGCAUUUUAUGAAUCAAAUGGGCAUGGCGGGACCACCGCCGCAGCCACAGGUGCCGAUUCCACCGCCGCCGCCACCACCGCAACACAUGGCGGCCGGCUUCAAUAAUAUGGUUCACAGAGACGGAGCAAUGGAAAAAAUACGCUCAUUAUUCGAUGCUAUAUGCGAUGCUAUCUUUGGUCUCGAUAGUGACAACUUUGCCGAAUUAUUGGAUGGCUUGUACCGUAGGAAGUACCAUUAUCCCUACUUAUAAUUGACACCGCAACAGCAGCAGCAACUGCAACUCUAUCAGCAGGCGUGCGGCUUCAACUUGAGCAACGGCAGCAGCUACAGCAACAACAACAGCAGCAGCCCCAGCAAUAUGUUACAAUAUCAUGCACAUUAUCAUCAAGAACAACAACAACAGCCGCAAAUGCAACAACAACAGCAACGCCCAAGCAGUGCUGCUGCUCGUAGCAGCAAUCAUUAUCAAAAUAACAUCAACAACACCACACACAACAACACUAACAACAAUUUACUCACAUUUGCACACAACAACCAAAAUCAUAGCAACACCAACAGCAACAGCAACAUACAACGCCAGCAGCAACAACAGCAGCAGCAGCAGCAGCAUAGCAACUCUAGCUACAAUCAGUUGCUGCCGCUAUCGCUUAAUUGCAAUGGCAAUUCACAAUUGUCAUACAACAACAGCAGCAGCAGCAGUGGCAUCAAUAUGCAGUUCAACAGUGGCAACCACAACAACAGCAGCAGCAAUGGCAUGAGCAGCGGCUGCAGCAGCAAUUACGGCAACAAUCUUUCGCUUAGCAACGGCAGCAACAGCGCUCAUAGCUACUCGCCACUGCAUCAUUUGAGCGAUUAUAGCUCAGGCAGUGAGCAAUUGCAGCUGCUGCAACAGCAGCAUGUGCAAAAACUGCAGCAAUUCCUUAGCAAUGUGAAUGCGCUGCAAGCGGCAGCAACUGCAACUGCAGCAACAGUGACAACAGCAACACAAGCGUCGGCAACAACAACAUUAUCAGCAUCACCAACAUCAUCGACAGCCUCAGCAAAUGCAAAUGCUAGCGGCAGUUAUAUGUGGCGUGCAUUAUCUUAAAACUAAACACACACACACACAUUCGCACACAUGCAAAGAAAUUCACACACACAUACAUUAUCAUGUAUAUCAACAUGUUCUCAACAUAUAUUAAUGAUUUUUUUUCUUAUAUUAUAAAU